AAAUGUUUUUGUGUGUCAAAGGUAGACAACCAGUAGUGGGCAGUGUUGCAAAGCUACAAAAAACAAAUGUCUGCAGCAUUUUCUUCCUGCUUCGUAGAUAAACUUCCGGUCACAACUUCCCCAGUUCUUUUCCGCCAGCCCAAGCCAACAUGGGACGAGUCAGGACCAAGACGGUAAAAAAGGCCGCCAGGGUCAUCAUUGAGAAGUACUACACCCGGCUGGGCAGUGACUUCCACGUCAACAAGAGGGUAUGUGAGGAGAUAGCCAUCAUCCCCAGCAAGAAGCUGCGCAACAAGAUCUCUGGGUAUGUGACCCAUCUGAUGAAGCGUAUCCAGAGGGGCCCCGUCAGAGGCAUCUCCAUCAAGCUGCAGGAGGAGGAGAGAGAGAGGAGGGACAACUAUGUCCCAGAGGUGUCUGCUCUGGACCAGGAGAUCAUCGAGGUGGAUCCCGACACCAAGGAGAUGCUGAAGCUGUUGGACUUCGGCAACCUGUCGAACCUGCAGGUCACCCAGCCUACCGUUGGAAUGAACUUCAAAACACCCAGGGGAGUCUAGACAUGUUUCAUAUCGCUGUCAAUAAAGACAAGUGGAAAGGAAA